AUGCUUGCAGGCCGGGCCCCGCCGAGCACUGUGGAUUGCUGCCGCCGCUUCCUGGCGGCGGCUCUGGUGGCGGGGCUGCGGCCGCUGCUGUGCGGGCUGCCGCCGUGCUGGGCGACGGCGAGACGGGCGGCGGGGCAGUGGCCGAGCCCGGGCCUACGGGUGCCGGAGGCGGCAGAGGCGGAACGGCUGGUGCAGCAGAUGCAGCGGCCUGGCGUGCCACUCCGCCGCUUCAUCGCCUGCCCGCAGCUGGCGCGCACCGUGCAGCGCUGCCUGCAGGUCGGAGCCAGCCCUGGCCCCCAGCCUGUCCUGCUCGAGUGCGCAGCCGGUCCUGGAAUCUUGACCCGAACUCUGCUCAAUGCAGGUGUUAGAGUGGUAGCUCUAGAAAGUAACUCGGCUUUUCUUCCAAACUUACAGUCCCUAGAGAAUAGCCUAGAUGGACAAUUAAAGGUAAUUUAUGGUGACUUCUUCAGACUGGAUCCUUUGGUGUCUGGAACAGUGAAACCACCUGCUAUGUGUUCUGACAAACUUUUUGAAACCAUGGGUGUAGCAGCAGUUCCUUGGAGGGCAGAUGUACCUGUGAAAAUUUUUGGAAUCUUACCACAAAGAAAGGAAAGGAACACACUUUGGAGGCUUCUUUUUGCCCUGUAUGAAUGCAGUUCCAUAUACAGAUAUGGAAGAGUAGAACUCAACAUCUUUAUAAGUGAAAAAGAGUACAAGGUAUUAACAGCAAAGCCUGGGGAAACGAGGGCUUACCAAGCACUUACUGUACUUUGGCAAAUAGGAUGUGAAAUUCAGCUACUGCACAUGGAACCUUGGUCAUCAUUUGUAACUAAUUUGAAAAAUGGGGGACUGGCAGUACCAAAAAGCACGUGGCUGCCAAAUGACCAUUUAUGUUUGGUACGACUGACUCCUCAGCAAAAUCUGUUUAUAGGAGGCUUGAAGCCCACAAAUUCAGCUACCUUUAUUUUCAUGGUGAAACAGUGUCUUGCUAAACCCAGGUCUAGACUUACUGAUAGAUUAAAUUCAUGGAGCUUGGACAAUACUGGCAAAUUACUGAGAGAGCUAGAAAUUCCAAAAAAUGCUGAAUCACGUCACUUAUACCCAGAAGACUACAGGCGUCUUUUUGAGGCUUUGCAAAACUCUAAUGUGUUUAGUGAAACCUGGUUCCACGAUGAAGUCUUGGAAAGUAUAAGGAACAUAAACUUAUAAAUCUAAAGCUGCUGUCUUUUGGAAGAUCACCUUUGCUUCUGGAAGAUUACUUUGAUAAGAAAUGAUUUAAAUAAAAUCAGAGAUACUGUUAGCUAGAUGAUUUCCUGUCCAAACAGGAAAAUAAAUUUAGCAAGUAACAAGAGCCCUUCUACACAGGAUGAAAGUAACGGAUUCACAGUUAUUUGAUCACAAUCCUAUCUAGAAUGGACAAACUUUGCAUUUUUUCCAGGAGCAUGUUAGUGACCUGCUGCUUUUGGAUGUACCAUUUAAAUGGAACUUUUUGUUACACUGCUGUAUACUUACAACAUUUGAAAAAAAUAACAGACCAUAUAUUGUUAUUUGUGUGGUUUGUAUUUUAGUGCUCAGUGAUUUGAAUGCCCUUUCACAGAUUCCCAAAAUACAUAGGUCUUUACAACCACUGAAUUUGUUACUGUAAAAAUGGUUUUGGUUUUGAUGGAAGAGAUGGAAAAAAAGUUAAAAUUACUGGUGUACGUAAAUAAAUACGGGGGAGUGAAAUUGAAGUAGGCCUAUGGUUUUGAUUAAUUGAUGCUAUCCACUCAGUACUUCCUACUGUUGCAGGUUUACAGCUUUGGUAGGAUAAUGUUGAAUGCAAACUUUUACUGAAAUUUUAAUUGUAUAUAAAGGCUUCUCAUGCGUUUUUGUCAGGAUUUUUAACCAGCCCUGUACUACUUGUGUUCCUUUCCUUUGCAUAUCUACCUUUGCCAUAUUCCUUGAUGUGUUGAUGGAAAAUUGAGCCAAUGCAUCUUCAGUUAUUUUUGAUUCAUGUAAAUGCAAAGGCAGAACUUGCAACUAGGAAAACAGUAUAUAAAUGUAGGUUAAUAUUUACCCUCAAAAAUGCUGUUCAAAGAGAAAACAAACUGUGGAUUUACUCAAAAUUUAAAAUGCUAAAACCUUCUCGGAAGAUAAGAUCUUCAUGCUAACAUUGAGACCAAAAGGUUUACAGGAACUAGUUUUCUAUUGUGGUGGGAUAGCAAAGUUUCCCAUUUCUGAAAGUGCAUUAACUUCUGAGUGAGUUACUGUGCCAGAUAUAGUAAGUAAUGAAAAGUAUUUUGAAAUUAGCACCAACAUUUGAAAAUGUUGCACAAUUCAGUUGUUUUUUACAUAGUUUUGUGUUAAUGACACUAUAUGUAAGAUAUAAAUUAAUAGAUUUUUUUUAAAAUUACAUGAAUUAGCUGCAAGCUUUUGGGCAGAUUUAUUUCUUCUAUGUUUUCCUGUCUUUGUGAUCUUGGAUGAGAUGAAGGUUACGACAUGCAUACAACGUACUUAAUAGAAGGUCCACAGUAUAGCAUAUUCCUUUCAAUUAUUUCCAGACUGUGGGGUUGUGGUUUCUUUUUUUUUUCCUAAGACUGAUUUAAUUCAUGAAACUCUAAAACAUGAACCACACAUGAUACAUCUAUCAAGUAGAACUCU